AUGUGUAUAUAUACACAUAACACCCCUCACAAUGCUCACCACCUUUCUGUAUAUACACGUUCAGAAUUUAAUAUAGUUAAUGGCGUUAGGUGGUGGAGUUGUGUUUGAAGACUUCUUUCCAGUCAUGGUGGAGAGGUUGGGAGCAGAAGGGUUCAUGAAGGAGCUGUGCAACGGGUUUCGGUUGUUAAUGGACGGAGCAAAAGGUAUGAUCACAUUCGAGAGCUUGAAGAGAAACUCUGCAUUGCUGGGGUUGCAGGAUAUGAGUGAUGAAGACUUGAGGUGCAUGCUGAGUGAAGGUGAUUUGGAUGGUGAUGGGAGUUUGAAUGAGAUGGAGUUUUGUACUCUCAUGUUUAGGUUGAGCCCUGCUUUGAUGCAAACGUCUAAAGACUUGAUGGAGGAAGCUCUUGCUUUUGAGUUCUAGUUAGGCAUAGCUACACUGAUCUCUUAGUUUGUUGUUCUAGGGCAUGCAUGAUGCAUGUAUACUUUUUUUCCUUCUGGCUAUGAUCUAUGAUCAUCUGUAAUUGGAGCUUAUUAUUAUCAAAAUUAUUAUUC